AUGUGUAACGUCCAAGCCCGCACAGUCCUGUGGUAUCUGGUAUUUUUCGGUUUUGCUCUGAAUUAUAUGAUACGCAUCAAUUUGAAUAUUGCCAUAGUGGAAAUGGUGGUGCAGGCCAACACCCGUUCUCUGGGCAAAAAUGUACAAAGAGCAGCAGAUCAUCAAUUAGUUUCAAGCACAUAUGAGGACCGGAGUGUUACUAAUAGCUCCAAUGGACUCAUUUAUUUUAAUAUGGAACUGCCAGAAUUUUGGAAUGAAUCAGCAGAGCAGGUGACUUCCGAUCAACCCUCUGGUUUCAAUUGGAAUGAAUACGAACAGGGUCUGGUAUUGGGCUCAUUUUUCUGGGCCCAUUGGAUAAGCCAAAUACCAGGAGGUAUCUGGGGUAGAAAAUAUGGUACCAAAUUGGUAUUUGGUCUCGCCAAUGGCAUCGGAUGUUGGUUGUGUUUUCUAAUACCAGCUGUCGCACAUUGGGAUUAUAGGGCCCUUAUUGUACUAAGGGUAGUACAAGGCCUUGUGGCGGGCCUCGCCUGGCCCUCGAUGCAUGUGCUGACCGGCAAAUGGAUACCGCCCAAUGAACGCAGUAAAUUUGUGACGGCCUAUUUGGGUAAUUCGGUGGGUGUGGCUGCCUUCUAUCCUCUAUUUGGUUUCGUAAUGCUUUGGGCCUCAUGGCCAUGGGUUUUCCAUAUCUCUGGUAUUUUGGGUAUCUUGUGGUGGUUGGGAUGGCAAUAUUUUGUAUAUGAUUCGCCAGCUCAACAUCCUCGAAUAAGUGCUUCGGAGGUUACCUAUAUUGAAAAGUCAUUGGGUGAAAGUGUGGAUAAUGAGACCAAUGUUCGAACCCCAUGGAGGGCAUUACUACUCUCACGACCCGUAUGGAUGAAUGUCAUCGCCCAAUGGGGUAGCAUAUGGGGUCUAUUUACGCUGAUGACCCAGGCUCCCACAUAUUUUCGGGUACUACACAAUUGGAAUAUUCAAACGACUGGUAUAUUAUCGGGUUUGCCUCACUUGAUGCGAAUACUCUUUGCUAUUGGAUUUUCCUUCUUUGUCGAUUAUCUGCUGAAGACGGAGAAAAUGAGCCGUACGAAUAUUCGAAAAUUGGCAACAACAUUUUGUUGCAUCAUCAAAGGUUUGGUCGUUGUAAUCCUGGCCUAUUUCGGACAGAAUGCCACGGCGGCCAUUGUCCUCUACAGUGUGGCCACAAUGUUUCAUGGUGCAGUGUCAUCGGGUUCCUUGGCCUCUAUGGUAGAUAUAACACCAAAUUUUGCCGGCAUUGUAAUGGGCCUGAGUAGUAUGAUUGGUGUACUGCCGGGUUUUAUAUCACCCUAUAUUGUGGGUCUGAUAACGCUGGAUAAUCAAACCUUUGAAGCCUGGAAAUAUGUCUUUCUCCUUGCGGCCUCCAUGCUAUUGGGCAGUGGCAUCCUGUAUGUGGCCUUUGCCGAUUCGACACUACAAAAAUGGAAUGAUUAUAAGGCACGAGAGAUCAGUGAUGAGGAAUCUGCGAGUGAGGUUAGAUAG